ACCAGCGGAGUAAGUGAAUAGGAUCAAAAGUUCGAAGUAACUUUACAAACCCUCUACCGGGGGUGGAGUAAACACCAAAUGGAGCGCUCCUGCGGGGGCAGUUCAACCGGCAAAGGUUUCCCCGACGCCCCCAAUUUUUCUCGCGUCUAACCCCAUCGAUUGCGCGGGUUGUUCGCCUUUUGAGAUGGGAUGUGUGCAGGAGGGCGCUCUGAUACAGAAAAAAGAUCCAGAAGAUGGCAUAGCAACGGAGCCACCCUUCUAACCAAACUGGGGUCCCUCUGUGCUCUCCUUUUGGACUGAUGUGAAGCUUUUGUUUUGGGCUGAAGGAGCUUGUGCACUGCUUGUCCUGAAAGCCACUCUUUCCUAAUUCAUGAGCCAGCAGGAUGUGGUCGCCGUGCUUUCAGAACGCCUUCUCAUAGCUGCGUAUAAAGGGCAAGUGGAUAAUGUUGUGCAGCUUAUCAACAAGGGUGCCAAGGUAGCUGUUACCAAGCAUGGGCGCACAGCUCUCCAUCUUGCAGCUCACAAGGGCCAUCUUGGCGUUGUCCAGAUUUUACUCAAGGCAGACUGUGAUGUGGACGUUCAGGAUGAUUCCUUAUUGGAAUCCUGAUGCCAUCUCUGAUUGGUCAAUGAGUGUUCACACAGCACGUACUUCAGAAAUAGACAAAGGAAAAGUGGCCCUGGUAAAAGAAGUCAAGGAAGAAAAAGAUAAGAAAAAGCAGAGGAGAAAGGCUAGAAAAGAUCCUAGAAGAUUGCAAAGAGAGAAGGAGGGUGACCAGACAGCUUUGCAUCGAGCUACUGUUGUAGGGAAUACAGAUGUCAUAGCAGCUCUUAUCCAUGAAGGAUGUGCUUUGGACAGACCUGACAAGGAUGGAAACACAGCUCUCCAUGAAGCCUCCUGGCAUGGAUUCAGUCAGUCUGCCAAGCUUCUUGUUAAAGCAGGAGCAAAUGUUCUUGCCAAAAACAAGGCAGGCAAUACACCAUUGCACUUGGCUUGCCAAAACAGUCAUUCACAGAGUGUUCGGGUUUUACUGCUUGGAGGCUCUCGGGCGGACAUCAAAAACAAUGCAGGAGAUACCUGCUUGCAUGUUGCAGCCCGUUAUAAUCACUUACCCAUCGUUAGGGUGCUCCUCAGUGCUUUCUGUUCGGUCCAUGAAAAAAAUCAGGCCGGUGAUACAGCCCUUCAUGUAGCUGCUGCACUAAAUCAUAAAAAGGUGGUCAAACUCUUGUUGGAAGCAGGAGCUGAUGGGACAGUCGUUAACAAUACUGGUCAGACCCCGCUAGAGGUUGCCAGAGAACACAACAACCCUGAGGUUGCCCUUCUUCUGACCAAGGCUCCACAGGUUUUGCGCUUUAAUCGUGGAAGGAGCCUGAGGAAGAAGAGGGAAAGACUUAAAGAGGAAAGGCGAGCUCAGUCAGUACCAAGAGAUGAAGUGGUUCAGAGCAAGGCCAGUGCCUCAGCUGUGGAUGACACUCACAGCAGUGACCAGGCCCCUCAAGGUAUAUGUGACUUGAAAAAUGAAGCCCAGCUGCCUUCGUCCGAACUCAAGGGAACAAAGAAUAAAAAGAAGAAACCGAGAGAAAAGGUUUCAGCACACUCAGAUCCCACAUCACCAGCUGACCAGCAGAUGCCUCCUGGCGCACAUCAGAACUUUGCCAAACGCAGAAGUAGACACCGUUGUGCAUCGCCUCCACCUCCCCAUGAAUUCAGAGCCUACCAGUUGUAUACACUUUACCGUGGAAAGAAUGGGAAGAUCAUGCAGGCACCAAUAAAUGGAUGCCGUUGUGAGCCACUGAUAGAUAAAGUAGAGAAUCAGCUUGCGGCAGCUGUGGAAGAAAUAAAAGCUGAGUUUGUGACCAUACAGGAUAAGAUGAAUAGCAAACUAGGACAGAUGGAAAGCAAAACUCAGCAUCAGCUUCGUGUUUUAGACAAAUUGAUGGCAGAGAGACUGUCAGCAGAAAGGACAGAGUGCCUUCAUCGCCUUCAGCAGCACUCUGAGUUGGAAAGAAAUGAAAGAGAGAAACAACAGGUUUCGUUGGUGGGGGAAUUGAAAGCAUGGUGCAUGUUAAAAAUACAGAAUCUGGAACUGAAGCUUUCUGGAGAUUCUAGAUCUUCAAGGCCAAAAUCUGUGCAGUCCACAUGCGAAUCACUCACUGAGACCUUGGAUAUGGAAAAUCUUCCUAGUACAAAGGACUGUAAAACAAGCCAGACUCUGCUGCAGUCAGAUGGUUCACACCAGCAUUCUUGUAUUGCUCUUCAGAAUAGUAUCUCAGAAAGUACUAGUAGGAGUCAAGCACAGCAAAGCUUUGGGAAGCAAUAUUUUGUCGUUCAAGACGCCAACGCAACAGGAACAGAGCAACAGGUAGAUAUUGCUGGUUCUGCUCCUUCUGCAGCAUCUCCUCAAGUUGUGAGACCUAAGGACAAAGCAGGUUACACCAGACUGCAACAGGAAUUACCAUUGUCUGAAUGCUCAGGUUCCAAAUUAAGGCAUGUUAAAGUACAAACUGUUUCACAGGCCUCUGCAGAAUGUAUAAAGCCAGAGCCACAGAAUGGUCACUGUACAGACAAAGGAACUCAAACCAAGAAAUCAAGCAGAAGUGGUCAGUUGAAGCACAGGCCCCACCAACAUGCUCCAACUCACUCUGCACAACACCAGCAGACACUUGCUGUCCCUGACGGCAACCAGCCCAGCCGGCAACUGGGCAGCACUUCUCAGGCGCUGGAAAUUACGCAGUAUUUUUUUGAGGCUGUUUCAUGUCAAAUGGAGAAGUGGUAUGAAAGGAAGAUUGAGGAAGCUCGGAGGCAAGCUGAUCAGAAGGCCCAGGAAGAUAAAACAACCCUUAAAGAACACAUUAGAAGUUUGGAAGAGGAACUUCAUAAGUUAAGAACUAAGGUGCAAAAGGAAAAUUAAUCCUUGCUCAUGAACGAUAUAAAGGAUCUUAUAUUUUCACAAACAGCAAUUAAGCUAAUUUUUGGAAGGGGCAAGCUGUACCACACUUUUUGGAUUUGUGGCCUUUUUGGGUGGUGAGUUUGUUCAUUCAGUAAUUGCGAGUUAUUGUGGAGGAAUGUCUCCUUCAAAGUGGGGAAACUAUUUUUUUCCUUGCUGGGAAAAAAUUAUCCCCAUGUAGUAUGCCAGUUGUGACUGAUAUCCUGUGGAGAAUGUAGCUGCAUCACCUGUCAGUGCCAAUUAUACCACUAUGAUAAUGAGUGACACCAGCCCCUCUUUUUCCCCUCACUAAUAUAUGUCAAUUUGUGAAAUUGUUUUAUACAUUUAAAAAUUAUUUUGAAACUGAGCAUUCUCUUGCUAUUCCAUUUAAGCUCCAUAUUCUUUUCAAAAUAAAACAAUAUAGUCAACCAAGGCUACCUCUUCUUUCUACAUAGCUGUUCACUGCCAUUUUAUAAAUCCUGUGGUCCUGUCUGCCCAGAUUCAGCUAUGUGCCAUGUGUGUGUGUGUGUGAAAACCUCCUUUCAUGCACAUAACCCUUAGCUCAUUGGUUGGGUGAUUACACAUACAAAUGAGUGCUCUGUAUGUGAUUGCCCAGCUCUAUUAAGCAAUCAGGCCUGCCGGUGCACGACCCUGUCAAAUAAGAUCAUGUUGACCCGCUGUUUUUGAGAGGAAGCAGAGAUAAUAGUUGACUUCAACUUUUUAGUCCUCCUGGACAAUAAGAUAGAAAGUAUUUCCUUUUAAAAGACAUUCACUUAACAACUUGUCCUGAUUGAAAAUUCCUAAAAGGUUAAAAGCGUGUUCUAAAAUCAUGAUGAUUGUUUGAUGUUCCACAGGCUAGAUUUGACUCCUGACUUGUCAUACCCUUUGGUUUACAAUAUGCAAACAUGUUUAUUUGUAUGCCUGAGCAUACAUGCUCAAUAACUGUGAAGACUUCUUGUUAGGCUGGUAGAAGGCCAAUUACUAGAAGGCCAGUUAGAGUGCCAGAAUAUACUUUCAACCUGUAGACUAUUUUUGAUGAAUUGAAUAGUUCUGGAUAUAUAGAAGAUGAUUGUGUCUUUCUACAAAUAUUCUUCACUGUGUUUGUAUAGUAUGAGCCAUCUUUUGCCAUAGUCACUCAUAAAACCUGCAUUUUUCCAUGUAGUCUUGAUGGACUUGGAAACCCCAUCUUUAAAAAAUGUGCUGCCAUUCAGCCUUACUUUUGAUUUUUUUAAAAAUUGUUAUUUUUAAAGGUGUGACUGAAUGUAGUAGCGUAUACUACAUUCUUCAAACAUUCUUCAGACAUUCUGUAGAAAUCUGAUGGCUUCAGCUGCAGGCUAUAUAUAAUGUUGUUUGGGCAAACAAACUCCACCACUGUUAUUUCCCCCCCUAGUUACAAAUUCCCCAGUCCAGUGAAAGAAUCUGUGUAAUCACUCAUUAGAUUUUGAAUUGAUAUCAUAUAUUGGAUACAAACACUAUGUUGCUUAAGUGAGAAGUACAUUGAUGUACACUGAAAUGCUCAUCCCCACUCAUAUUCCCAGCUAGAUUAGACACAAAAUACAUUGUCACAGAAGUGGAAUUCAAAUAAUAGAUCUUCCACUUCAUCCAAUGGUUAAUCCUCUUGAAUUAAACCCUUGAAAAAGACAGGUAAUUUGUAUGUAUGAAACUACAUAAAAAGUCUUUAUGAGUGACGUCUUGUGUUUUAUGAUCCAAAUAGUUUUUAAAAAAUAUUCAUCUAGAAACCAAUUUAACUCCUGUGGUUUAUAAUAGUGUUUGGGGAAAAUACUUUUAAUUUAAAUUCUGUAAGGAAUUCUGGGAAUAAGUUACAGUUCUGCAAAACAAUAACUUUGUUUUGUAGAGAAACCCAACUGAAAAAUUCCUAGUUUUUAAUAACACACUUUAUAUUCUAAUCGUCUGUGCAGGUGGGGUAGUAACCAAACUGACUCUGUAUAUUAUUUUAUUUUGAAUUGCCCUGAAUUUUCAGAUUUGAGAGCUGAAUUGAUUUUUCCUUUUCUUAAACUGACUCUAUCUCUUUAGAAACAGUCGUCCUUGUUACUAAGAUAUGAAGAUGAACAGGUAACAUAGCUUGGGGCUAAAUUUUUGGCAGCUGUAGUAAAAUCACAUUGUAACUCAGGUGACAUAUUGUAACUCAUGUUGUAAUGUAGGCUUCUCCUUUAGCGUGUAAUGACUUGCUGUUUAUGACCUUUGUCGCAAAAACUAAUUAAGAGGAAGUAAUAGUUUUAAUAACGUAUUUUGUACAUUCUAAUUGUAACUGCUCAUUUUAAUUAUACUCUUUUUCCUCUUGCGUAUACAAAAAUGUGCUGCAGAGUUAAACACACAAAGUAAUCAGAGCUACAGGUACAGCAAUACUUUUUCAAUUGCAUUCGUUACAAAUGAUGGUGCCCCCCCCUCCACCUUAUGAGGAUCUUCACACAACAGCAUGUGCACAGCCCACUGCUAUAUACUGUAUAUACUCGUGUAUAAGUCGACCUGCAUAAGUCGAGGCACCUAAUUUUACCACAAAAAACUGGGGAAACUUAUUGACUCGUGUAUAAGUUGAGG